AUGGCACCCAGCUGGACCCGAUUGAUUCGCUUCAUCGCCGAGGAAGAUGGCCUCACGCACCUGGGCGAGGUGAUCGGCGACGCCGACGUCGGACUAGCCCACCACGCCGGGCAAAAGAUCCAAGCAAAGCUCAUCACGGGCAGCGCGUUCGACGGCGUCGUCACGGACAAGACGCUGACGGUGGCGCGUCUGCUGUGCCCUCUCGACCGGUCCGAGGUGCCCCUCAUCCGGUGCCUGGGGCUCAACUACCACGACCACGCCAAGGAGGCCAACAUGCCGGUGCCCGAACACCCGGUGCUGUUCAUCAAGCCGCGCACCGCCCUGGCCGGCCCGCACCCCGCCAAGAUUUCGAUCCCGAAGUUCGUCCAGGACGGGAGCAGCGACUACGAGGCCGAGCUGACGCUCGUCGUGGCAAAGGAUGGGCGCGACAUCCAGGAGAGCAAGGCCAUGGACUACGUGCUGGGCUACACGGUCGGCAACGACGUCAGCGCGAGGACGGAGCAGUUCAGGAACAGCCAGUGGUGCUUCUCCAAAGGUCUUGACAAUUCCGCCCCCAUCGGGCCUGUAAUUGUUUCACCCUCCGUCAUCAAGGAUCCCCAGGACCUGGCCAUCAAGGCCACCCUUGGAGACAUGACCGUCCAGGAUUCCCACACACGCGAGAUGAUCUUCUCCAUCCCCAAGACGCUUGCCUUCCUGUCGCAGGGCACCACUCUCGAGCGCGGAACCGUCAUCAUGCUGGGCACGCCGCCGGGUGUCGGAGCUAUGCGGAACCCCAAGGUUUGCCUCAAGGAUGGCGAUGAUAUGCGUGUCUACAUUGACAAGAUUGGAACUUUAAUAAACGAGGUGCACUACGAGUAA